AUGAUGAAGGAAUACGGCGGUGCCAUAGCCAGCACAGGAGUUUGCAUAGGACUGUUUGUGGGUCUGUGCAUUGGCAAUUAUGUAUGCAAGAUUAAGAACUGUGCGUUUUUCAUAACAUCUGGGCUGUGCAUUUCUGGUGUUCUUACGGUUCUCAACCUAGUGAAUUUGAUCCAGUCGAAGUCAAAAAUAACAUUCAAGUCUCUGCAUGCAGGAGUAAUCAACGCAGUGAUGGAUAUCUGGAUUGUGUAUAUGUAUUCAAGGCUUCUGUAUGCAAACUCAUUGUUUGUAUGCCUGAUUUUUCUGAUGCACCACAUUACCCUGUAUGUGUUUACAUGCCAUGUGGAGCAUCCGAAGUCUACAUAUGUGAUCACGAUGUUCUACACUUUUUCAUUUAUGCUUUACAAGAUGUGGUUUGUGGAGGAGUAUGGAUUCUCAAUGGAGGCAAUUCCGUUUUUUACAAGGAAGUACUUUGUUAAGGGAGCCAUAAGCAUAAUGCAUCUUGGAAAUGCAAUACCAAUACGGACGAUAAUUGCCAGUAGGCUCGACAGGAUUGAGAAUGCGGAGUCUGCAGGAUUUUUUGGGUCGAUGAUAAUGUUUGCGAUUGUUGUGAUGAAAGCGCUGAUUGACAAGCCUGAAUUUGAAGAGGAGAUGAUUAAGGUUGGCGACAUGGCGAUGCCUUUUUGUGUGAUGGCCGUGAUGCUCAGUGUGGUUGUGUUUAAUGUGAGGUGGAACAAGCAGGUCGAUGUUUCUAGGGCGUAUCCGUUGUGCUGCGCGAUCUUUGUACUGGUUUCGCUGAUGUUUUGCUCGGGGAUGCUGCAAGGGGUAUGGCAAAAGAAUAUGAUGGAGGAGGCACUGAAGGACAUGCAUGCAUACACAUUGAUUGUGUUUUCGAUAUUUGUUGUGUACACGGCGAUUGCAUACAGAUCCGAGAUAUCUGCAGCACCGUGCAGAGAAAGUCUUUUUUUGAAGAUUGCUAACCAUCUAUGGGAAUGA